AAGUUCAUAAGAAUGGUGACAAGAUAGAUUCCGAGGAAAAGGAAAAACAGAGAAUUUGAAAAUUGAAUGAAAGAGAAAGGUCUGAUGGAAAAUCACACUCUCCAACGCCAUGAACAAACAAGAACAAAUCCAUCACACAUAAACCCACCUGUUAAACCCAUGAACAAUCAGGACCCACCACUUCUAAUUUCCAAUUUCCAUUCUUCUUCGUGUCUUUCUCUAAUUUUGCAUGCCUCUGCUCUCACCGCCCACAAUUCUUCUUCCAUUUCCCCCAUUUUCAGUCUCUUUUAAUCCAAACUCAUUUCUCGUUCAACCAAUUUUAGCUUCCUUUCUCCAUGGCUGCCUCAUUGACCUCCAAUCUUCUCCUGUUGCUCCUUCUGUUUCUUGCUUACGGCGGCGCCAAUGCCUCGCCAUGGGACCGGUGGGAGAGAACCAUCCGAAUGCCGACUGAGAAGGAGGAACUGGGUGGUGGUGGUGACGAUGAUGAUGAUCAAAAAGUGGGUACCAGAUGGGCAGUUCUUGUAGCUGGUUCUUCUGGGUUUGGGAAUUACAGGCAUCAGGCGGAUAUCUGCCAUGCUUAUCAACUGUUAAAGAAAGGAGGAUUGAAGGAUGAGAAUAUUGUGGUGUUUAUGUAUGAUGAUAUAGCUUCAAAUGUGUUGAAUCCAAGGCCUGGAAUCAUCAUCAACCACCCACAAGGAGAGGAUGUUUAUGCCGGAGUCCCCAAGGAUUACACUGGGGAGCAUGUGACUGCUCAGAAUCUGUAUGCUGUGCUUCUGGGAAAUAAAACUGCUGUUAAUGGAGGGAGUGGGAAAGUUGUGGACAGCAAACCAAAUGACAGGAUUUUUGUUUACUAUUCUGACCAUGGAGGCCCUGGAGUACUUGGUUUGUUUUCAAGAACAAGACUAGUUGAAUUGAUUUCAUUUGAAUUUUGUUGAACUAAGCUAGUACCUGUCUCUUAUACACAUCUAGAUGUUAUCUAUGUAGAAGCAUGUGAGAGUGGGAGUAUUUUCGAGGGCAUAAUGCCAAAGGAUCUGAAUAUUUAUGUAACCACAGCCUCAAAUGCUCAAGAGAGUAGCUUUGGAACUUACUGCCCAGGAAUGCAACCGGCACCGCCACCGGAGUACAUGACAUGUUUAGGAGACUUGUAUAGUGUUGCCUGGAUGGAAGAUAGUGAGACUCACAAUCUGAAGAGAGAAACAAUAGACCAACAAUACCAAACUGUGAAAAGCAGGACAUCAAAUCCCAACAAUUUGAAUGCAGGAUCACAUGUAAUGGAGUACGGAAACUCAAGCAUUAAAGCAGAGAGGCUGUACUUGUAUCAAGGAUUCGACCCUGCUUCAGUGAACUUGCCUCCUUACAAUGGCCGGCUCAAAAUGAAGAGUAUGGAAACAAUUAACCAGAGAGAUGCAGACAUCUUCUUCCUGUGGCAAAUGUACAAAAAAUUUGAAGAUGGAACAAAUGAGAGAGCCCAAAUUCUCCAGGAAAUUCGAGAGAGAGUGGCACACAGAGUUCACUUGGAUGGAAGCAUCAGAUUGAUUGGUUUUCUUCUGUUUGGACCAGAGAAAGGCCCCAAUGUUCUUGAUGAUGUGAGAGCUCCUGGUUUGCCUCUUGUGGAUGAUUGGGAAUGCCUCAAAUCAAUGGUGAGAGUGUUGGAGAGUUAUUGUGGUUCACUGACCCAAUACGGUAUGAAACACAUGCGGGCAAUUGCAAAUAUAUGCAACAGAGGGGUAUCAGAAGCUUCGAUGAGGGAAGCUUCAAUGGCGGCCUGCAAUGGAGGGAGUUAUGGGCUGCGGCAUCCUUCAAAUCAAGGUUACAGUGCUUGAAUAACGACACAAAAUCAUACGCUUCAUGUACAAAAAUGUCGGAACAUUUUCAUAAUUUAUAUAAUAAUAAAGCCAGUCUAUACUCCUAUGUUUAUUUAUCUGAAA